GGAAGCCAAGGUGGGAAGUUAUUGGCAAUGCAAGGUCAGAAAUGUCUGUGCUACUGGGAGGUUAAUCUGGCAGCCUUUGUGGAUUGAAAGAAGGUAAGACAGUGAGUCCCAACUCUCAUCCCACUCCCUGAUGCUUUGAAAGCUUUAACUAAUCAAACUAUACUUAAGCCACAACUUGACUUCUUUCAAUCACAUAUAUAUAUAUCUGCCACUCUGAGCUUCUGACCAUCAUAAGAAUAUCAGUGUAACUGCCCUAAGCAUGAAAUAAAUGCAGCUAAAAGUCCAAGAAUAUGGAAGCCUAGUGUGAACAGCCUAGUACUGUUCUAUUUAGGAGAGUUUUCACAUUGAACCCAGCUCUUGGAACUGUUAUCACUUGAACCUUCUUGAGCCUCCAUGGGCCCCUUGGACCUGGGUUGUGCCCAUUGGUGUAGAUAAGAGGUAACAAAGGAUAAGUUAUGAGAGGGACGGUGAGAGGAGAGGGAAGGAAUGCAGGAAAGAAGAUAACAGAAUUGAAAUGACUUAGUCCCUGAAUAGGCAAGAGAAGCUAGGGUUGGGGAGGAGGUACCAGUAGAGCUGAGUUGACAGCAAAGAGGAGGCUGGUAAGGGAAUAAUGAUGGACUUGCUAAUGUCCUAUAGCCAUCAGAGAAGACUUCGUGGAGGGGGCCAAACUUGUUCUCACUAUGUGUCUGGCACUGUUCGAAGUCUUCAUUCAGCUGCAAUCUGAACACUUCAUUCAAUCAACCAGAAAUUCAUCAAUUUUUAAUUGCACACAAGUGUCUGCAGAGCACUCAGCAGAGGAAAAACAAAGACGAAACAUAUUCCCCGUCCUGGGGAGCUUGAUCUAGUGGGGGAGAGAUGAAUAAAUCAUUGUGAUGUAGUUUAUGUGGUUUACUAGAGCUAGGAAAACAGGACAUAACUGGUCAAAAUUAGAAUCUGAAAGGAUAGUUAGGAAAAUCUGAAGAUAAACUACAGAGAUCACACUGAAGCCUUAAAAGUGUAAGAGCUGGUUUGGGGUGAAAUUCUUGCUUAACAGAAUGAAGAUAUAGAAAGAGAUAAGAAUGUCCCUUUUCUCCUGACCAUAUUUCGAUUUAAGUAGUAGUAAUUCUUUAUAUAUUUGCAUUCCCUGAGUUAGGUUAUGUCCUUUCUUUGGUCUGUUGCUUUUUACCCCUGCUCUUUGAAGCCUGACAUUGCCUCAAUCAUCUAGAUGAAAUUGGAGGCCUUUCCCGUGGUAUAUGUGUUGCCAGACCACUGCUAUCCUGACUUUAAAAAAUAGUUUCCCCUCCUUUAGCAUUAAGCCCUAAAAUCCUACUUUCUCACUUACUCUCUGUGUUUGCAUGCUUGUAAGCUUUUUUCACAGUUCUAACUGGUAAAUGGACUUUGCCCAGAAGUUUUAUCAUUAAUUGACAUUCCUUGGAGAAGAGAGGAAUUCUGUUCUAUGUUUUCCAGACUUUUUUCAGCAGCUCAAUGGCCUCCCCGAAGAAGAAACUUCAAGGUCUGGUUGCUGCAACCAUCACGCCGAUGACCGAGCACGGAGAAAUCAACUUUUCAGUAAUUGGUCAAUACGUGGAUUAUCUUGUGGAAAAACAGGGAGUGAAGAAUAUUUUUGUGAAUGGCACAACGGGAGAAGGCCUGUCUCUGAGCACCUCAGAGCGUCGCCAGGUUGCAGAGGCAUGGGUGACAAAAGGGAGGAACAAGUUGGAUCAGGUAGUAAUUCAUGUAGGAGCCUUGAGCUUGAAGGAGUCCCAAGAACUGGCCAAACAUGCAGCAGAAAUAGGAGCCGAUGGCAUCGCUGUCAUUGUACCUUUCUUUCUCAAGCCACAGAACAAAGAUGGCCUCAUUGAUUUCCUAAAGGAGGUGGCUGCGGCUGCCCCGGCACUGCCGUUCUAUUACUACCACAUUCCUGCCUUGACGGGGGUAAAGAUUCGUGCUGAGGAGCUGUUGGAUGGGAUUCAGGAGAAGAUCCCCACCUUCCAAGGGUUGAAAUUUAGCGACACAGAUCUCUUAGACUUUGGGCAGUGUGUUGAUCAGAAUCGCCAGCGACAAUUUGCUUUUCUUUUCGGGGUGGAUGAGCAACUGCUGAGUGCUCUGGUGAUGGGAGCAACUGGAGCUGUGGGCAGUACCUAUAACUACCUGGGGAAAAAGACAAACCAGAUGUUGGAGGCUUAUGAACGGAAGGACUUCUCGUCAGCCCUGAAUUAUCAGCUUCUUUUCUGCGUGGGUCCUGGAUGGCUCUCAACCAUCCUCACUUGGCUGUUUUUCUGCAUUCUGACAGACCUUCAGAAAACUAAGUUUUGUAUUCAGAGAUUUAUCAACUUUGUGGUCAAACUAGGUUUUGGAGUACCACAGACCAAAGCCAUCAUGACUCUGGUGUCUGGGAUUCCGAUGGGCCCACCCCGGCUCCCACUGCACAGAGCCUCCAAGGAGUUUAUUGAUAAUGCGGAAGCUAAAUUGAAGAGUCUGGGUUUCCUUUCUUUUACUGAUUUAAAUAAUGUAAACUUGGAAGCCUGUAGCUAACACCUCUCUAUAGAGUCAGGGUGUGCACAUUGAGAUAUAAUCCACUUUGAUUAGUGCAUUCAUUUCUCAAGGACUUUAUAGAUGAGCUUGAACUAAAAUCUUUCCAAGCAAAUGAAAUAUCAAUCACGUAUUUAAGUA